AUGACGGGCAUCGCCGCAGCCUCGUUCUUCUCCAACUCCUGCAGGUUCGGCGGCUGCGGCUUACAGUUCGAGUCUCUGUCGGAGCUCAUCGUCCACAUCGAGGACAACCACAUCGGUAUAAUGGAUCAACACUUCUACGCGGAAGAAAUCAUCAAAAAAGCUGCUGGUCCAUACUUAAGGGAGCAUUUCCGUAUGUCUACACAUAGAUUCUUCCAAGACAACGAUCCAAAACACACAGCAAAAAGUGUCAAAGCCUGCAUUGAAAGUGAGGGGAUCAACUGGGUACCGACACCGGCAGAGUCGCCGGAUCUGAACCCCAUUGCAGCACUGUGUCACAGAGGACAGCUGCACACACACUUCCUUUCCGAGUGCUCUGCUUUCUGCCCCCUGCACCGGCCCACUCAGAGCACCGGCCCACUCAGAGCACCGGCCCACUCAGAGCACCGGCCCACUCAGAGCACCGGCCCACUCAGAGCACCGGCCCACUUAGAGCACCGGCCCACACAGAGCACCGGCCCAUCCCACACAGAGCACCAUGUGCAGCAGGACCAGGAGCAGCAGGUCAUCAGAAAGACACCCCCAGAUUUUCUGUGGCGUCUCUCUCCCUCUUCCUGCUACAACUUUAAGAAAUGUUUCACCUGCACCAGUCUGCGGGACGGGGACGAGGACUCAGUGGGGACGAGGACUCAGUGGGGACGAGGACUCAGUGGGGACGAGGACUGGGGACGAGGACUCAGUGGGGACGAGGACUCGGUGGGGACGAGGACUGGGUGGGGACGAGGACUGGGUGGGGACGAGGACUGA